GGAACAUGGAGGUUCUCAAGUGUCAGAGUGCGUUCACUGUUGUGGUCUUCCUCCUGACACUGUCGCCACACACUGUCAGCUGUCUUCCCGAAGGAUGCGUUCAGACUGGGAAUGACCUCGCCUGUCCAAAUCUGCAGUCGUUUCCUCGUCCAUUCGCAUCAGACGCCACGUCGCUCAACAUCUACAACGCCAACCUGAAGGACAUCCCUGCAGCAGCCUUCAGAGACAUGCCAAACAUUGAAGUCAUCAGCAUCUCCAACACUCAGAUUGGCACCAUCAAAGGCUGCGCGUUCGGAGCGAAGACCAACAUGAAAACGUUGACCCUAUACAGCUGCGUGAUCGGAACUGUGGAGAGCUAUGCUUUCUGUAACAUCACCGGCCAGAGGGAGAGCAGUAUGUCCUUAUACCUGACCACCAUCAAAACCAUCCAGCCGCACGCCUUCAGCAACGUCAAGGGCUUCAACCAGCUGUCGAUCUACAGCAUCAACAUCACCAGCAUAGAGUCCUACGCGUUUGAUAACCUAGAGCUGAGGACUUCAUUCUCGCUGUACCUUGCAAACAUCGAUUCGAUCAGCGCUGGAGCUUUUCAGGACAUCAAAUCCGUCAUCAGCAUCUACAGCAGUAACAUCUCCGCGGUCGGCUGCUACACCUUCGACAAGCUGCACGACUACGACCAUUCUUUCCAACUGCGGUCCUUGAGAUUCAACUGCGACUGCAGCUUCGCCUGGCUACUCAAAUAUCUGAAGAGCACCCCAAAGUUCCAGACAAAAGACGUGACGUGUUUCGCGCCAGCGAGUCUUCAGAAUUCGACCUUCACUAAUCUGACGGUGGAGCAGCUGUGUCCCGGAAGUUCGCCAUCAAUGUGCGAUGCAAGUGGGGUCAAGCCACCGGUAGUGACGGAUAUUCGGUGCGGGACUACUGUACUAGCAGGAAGUACAACGAAUAUGGUGUGUCUGAUGUUGUUGUUUAUUUACAAGCAAGAACUUUUUUAAAGUGUUAGUUUCUUUUGUGGUUGGUUUUUUUGUGGGGAGGGGGUUUUGUGCUUGUUUUUUGUUUUUUGUUUUUUUU